GAAUUUUCUUAUGUACAUUCUUAUACUUAUUUAUAUAAGAUUUUUUUCAUAUCCAUGCGAAUUUAAUAAAAAACUUGUAGCUAUAUACGAUUUUUUAAAACGCAUCUAAUUAUAAAAACUCAAACGAAUUUUUUUUUAAUACAAAUUUAAUACAAUCUUAAACGAUUUUUUUUUUUUCAACCAUACGCAUCUAAUUAAAAACUCAUACAAAUAUUUUGUUAAACUCGUACGAAUUUUACUCAUACAAAUUUAAUUUAAAACUUAAACGAAUUUAAUUUAAACUCAUACGAAUUUAACUCAUAGCUACGAUUUUUUUUCAAGUCAUACGGAUUUAAUUUAAAACUCAUACGAAUUUAAUUUAAAACUCAUACGAAUUUAAUUUAAAACUCAUACGAAUUUAAUCAAAAACUCAUACGAAUUUUAUACGAUUUUAGAAAAAUUUCAUACGAAUUUAAUUACUGUAUGGCAAAAGAAAAUUCGUAUAGCAUAUACGAAUUUUUUAAUACGAAUUGCUACGAAUUUUGUAGAUGACCCCUUAUUAUUUAAUUCUAGCACCAGCAAUAUUAUUUAAAAUUAUUUUUUAGUUCUACUAAAAUAAAGUUUAUUAGAAUUUCGUAAACAAAACAUUUUUUUUAAAAGUUUUAUAAUAAAACGCUUAAUAACCACGAAUGAUAUUUGUUGAACAAACUUUGUUAAUGAAACGAAUUUUUUUGUUAUUAAAAAAUAUGUAAAUAUAAAGACCGAAUAUAAUAAGUGCAAAUAAAAUAAUUGAACUUCAUAUAACGCAACAAACUUUAGAGUUGUUAAAAAUAUUGAAUAUAAAGACUUUAGAUAAUUUGUUUGGCGAAGUUUGGUGAAGAUCACCAUCAACUUCUGGGAAGAUAGUUAAAAAACUGCGUAUUUACUCAGGGGUCUGUUCAGGACCCCUGAAGUUUUGUUGUUGUUUAAAGAACACUUUAGCAGUGAGCAUGCCCACAAAUAUGGUUCCAUGUGCAUUUUUAUAUUGAGAAUUAGGAUUUACAUUAUAACAAGAAAAAGAUUAUGCUUGUAAGCCAGAGUAUUUUAAUAAGAGCUUACAAUGAUAUGAAUAAAAAUUGUUGGAAAAUGAGAACGAGCAGAUGAAUAUCAUAAACAGCUAACUCUUCUCAACACAAAAUUUGGGUUAGUUUAAUUGUGGAGCGCAUGGUAUAUAUGUUGAUUUAAAUUUUAUCAAUAGUUUUAUACAUUGUUGCAGGCCUCGUCAGAAAUGGCGUGCGAUCGCACACGCCCACUCCAAAAAACAACAUUAAAUACCUCAGGGGUGCGCUAAUCGCACAUCAAAAUAAUAAUAUUCAGUUCAAUGAAGGUGUCGGGGAAUAAUAUACGUAGGGAAGCAGGAUUUAAUUUGUCUAUUUUUUUAAAAAAUUUUUAUUUUUUUCUAAGUUUUCUUUUCUUCCUCAAUUGACAUGAAUGAUUAAUGCAAAUAAUUGAAUUGGAUUUUUUGUAGCUUUUGAACUAAAAUUGUUUAAAUAACAAGCAAAAAAAACAGGUACGUUGCAAAAUAUACAAGCAAAACACCUAUUGUAAUAUUCAGAGCAGGUGUUACAUUGGUUUUCAAUUCAAUACUUUUUCCACCUCGAUGUUCGAUAUUCAGUAUUCGAAAUUGUGACGUGAAGUUGCUAACAACAUUUGCUUUAGAAAAACUCAAGCAGCAUGGAAGGUAAUAAGGGAGUAACAAAAGAUCUUUUGACAUUUUUACGUUGGGGCCAAAAUAAGGUGAUCUGGUAUAAAACAAGCAAAGUAUCUGGUAGAACGCGUGUAAUCGAAAUUUGGUGUAAACUGUGCGCGAAACAUAAGGAAAAAAUUUCGAAUGGAUUGAAAGGUGCUGCUGUAAAGGCUGGACGGCUGUUCACAGAAAAAACAAAUGUAGUUAUCAAACACAAUUUUGAUCGUCAUCUUGCUGGAGAGCUUCACAAAUUGGCCAUGGAUUUAGAAAAGGAAGAGAACGGUGGCACUUCAGGAGAACAAACUGGACAAGGAACAAAAUGGAAAUGUGCUAUUGAAAGUUCGAUUAAAACCUUAGCACGUGAUUGCUAUAAAAAGCUUCUACGCACUGCGUGCAACUUUGCAUCAACCCCAUCAAUGCCCCAUAAACAUUUCAGCGUUCUUGUGAAAUAUCAACGAGAAAAUGGUGUUCGUUUAGUGCGAGGCAAAGAUAACGACAAAACUGCACGCAAAUUCAUCCAUACUAUUGCUGAUGUGAUCCGUGAAAAGGUGGCGUCUGUUAUUUCUGGAAAACACUUUAUGGCUGUCCAAUCUGAUGGUUCCCAAGCCCGUAAAACUGGGAAUGAGAAAGAGCUAGUACUGGUACGUACUGAAAAAGAGGGGCUUCCUGUGUAUUACAUGGUCUCUCUUCUCGAGAUGGCAGAUUUUGGUGGUUGUGAUGCUGAAAGUCUGAAAGCAGGUUUAGACAGUGUAUUCGAAAACGGAAAUGUACCAUUAGACGAUUAUCAGACGAAGCUUGUAUCAGCGACGGCAGACAGAGCAAAUGUGAACAUGGGUAUAAACCAUGGGGCAUUAACAAUGAUGGCCGAGGAGCACCCUUGGCUUGUGGUGAUCCAUUGUGUGAAUCACCGACUCGAGCUUGCGAAUAAGAUGUGAUCAAACCUCUAU